GCGAGCGAGCGAGCUGAGCGGCAACAGUGGCGGCAACGCCGACAGCGCGGGGGGCAGUGGCGGCGGCGGGGACUGAGCGCGGCCGCGGCUGCAGGAGGCGGAGGAACAGCAGCAGCGGCGGGGCUGGCUGGCACGGUUUUGGAAAACUGAAAUUUCAAAACCAGCGAUCAACCUGUACCCAAACUCUUUCAUGAUAGAAGGAAGUGAAGUUUUUCCCGUGGUGCCGAGCAGCUGCACUUGUCAGAAUUGUGGCUGUACUAAUACUGCUGCUGAAUUGGUGCUUUAAGGAUUUGCCUUUUCUCAAUUUCUUUACUUGCCUAUCAGACAUUAUGAGGAGAUUGGCUUUUCGUGGUGCUGGUUGUACUCUGAAGAAGUUGGAUUCCAUGGGUUCCAAAAGGCGAAGGGCUACUUCUCCUUCCAGCAGUGUCAGUGGAGGGGAUUUUGAUGACAGUCACCACUCCACAAAUACACCAGGCCCGAGUAGGAAGAGGAGAAGACUCUCCAAUCUCCCAACAGUUGAUCCUAUUGCUGUGUGCCAUGAAUUAUACAAUACAAUCAGAGAUUACAAAGAUGAACAAGGGAGGCUUUUAUGUGAGCUUUUCAUUAGGGCCCCCAAACGAAGAAAUCAGCCAGAUUACUAUGAAGUGGUUUCUCAGCCUAUUGAUUUAAUGAAAAUCCAACAGAGGCUAAAAAUGGAGGAAUAUGAUGAUGUGAAUGUGCUAACGACUGACUUCCAGUUGCUAUUUAAUAAUGCGAAAUCCUAUUAUAAGCCAGAUUCUCCUGAAUAUAAGGCUGCCUGCAAGCUGUGGGAUUUAUAUAUACGCACAAAAAAUGAGUUUGUUCAGAAAGGAGAUGCCGAGGAGGAGGAAGAUGAUGAUGAGGGCCAUGACAAUCAAGGGACAAUUUCUGAAUUAUCUUCUCCAGGUUAUUUAAAAGAAAUUCUUGAGCAGCUUCUUGAAGCCAUAGCUGUAGCUACAAACCCAUCAGGCCGCCUCAUUAGUGAGCUUUUUCAGAAGCUUCCCUCUAAAGUGCAAUAUCCUGACUAUUAUGCAAUAAUUAAGGAGCCCAUAGAUCUGAAGACUAUUGCCCAGCGAAUACAGAAUGGGAGCUAUAAAAGCAUUCAUGCAAUGGCCAAGGACAUAGAUCUACUAGUUAAGAAUGCCAAAACCUACAAUGAGCCUGGGUCUCAAGUGUUCAAGGAUGCAAAUGCAAUAAAAAAAAUAUUUAACAUGAAAAAGGCAGAAAUUGAGCAUUCAGAAUUGACCAAAUCAAGUCUCCGAGUCAGGACUUCAAAUUUGGCUGCUUCCAAGCUGACAGGUCCUUCAUCACAGGGUAAAGGCAGUGUUGUCGAUGAGAGAAAUUCUGCUAAUAAAUAUUACCGUAACAAAAGGGCUGUCCAAGGGGAUCGCUUAUCAGCAAUAACCAUGGCACUGCAAUAUGGAUCUGAAAGUGAUGAAGAUGCUGUUUUGGCUGCUGCUGCUCGUUAUGAAGAAGGGGAGUCUGAAGCCGAGAGUAUUACUUCCUUUAUGGAUGCUUCCAAUCCUCUCUAUCAGCUUUUUGAUAUAGUCCGAAGCUGCCGGAACAACCAGGGUCAGCUCAUAUCGGAACCCUUUUUCCAUUUGCCCUCCAAGAAAAAGUAUCCUGAUUAUUAUCAGCAAAUCAAAAUGCCUAUUUCACUGCAGCAAAUCAGAACAAAACUGAAGAACCAUGAAUAUGAAACGCUUGACCAUUUGGAAUGUGAUCUAAACUUGAUGUUUGAAAAUGCCAAACGUUAUAAUGUUCCAAAUUCAGCCAUUUAUAAGAGAGUAUUGAAAAUGCAGCAGGUUAUGCAGGCAAAGAAGAAGGAGCUAGCCAGAAGAGAUGAGAUAGAGGACGGAGAUAGUAUGAUCUCUUCUGCUACAUCUGAUGCUGGAAGUUCAAAAAGAAAAAGCAAAAAGAACAUAAAGAAACAGCGAAUGAAAAUUUUAUACAAUGUUGUUCUUGAGGCGCGAGAACCUGGCACUGGUCGAAGAUUGUGUGAGCUGUUUAUGGUGAAACCUUCAAAAAAAGACUAUCCAGAUUACUACAAAAUCAUCUUGGAGCCAAUGGAUUUAAAAAUAAUAGAGCACAAUAUCCGCAGUGACAAGUAUUCUGGGGAGGAGACUAUGAUAGAAGAUAUGAAGUUAAUGUUUCGAAAUGCAAGACAUUAUAAUGAAGAGGGAUCUCAGGUAUACAAUGAUGCUCAUAUCUUGGAGAAGAUUCUUAAAGAAAAGCGGAAAGAGCUCGGACCUCUGCUUGAAGAUGAUGAGGUUGCUUCCCCUAAAUUGAAAUUAAGUAGGAAGACUGGCAUAUCUCCUAAAAAAUCAAAAUACAUGACUCCAAUGCAACAGAAACUUAAUGAGGUAUAUGAGGCAGUGAAGAACUACACUGAUAAGCGAGGUAGAAGACUCAGUGCUAUCUUCCUGCGACUUCCAUCUCGAUCAGAGCUUCCUGACUACUAUUUGACCAUUAAAAGGCCAGUUGAUAUGGAGAAAAUCAGAAGUCACAUGAUGGCCAACAAGUACCAAGACAUAGAUGCCAUGGUUGAAGAUUUUGUAAUGAUGUUCAAUAAUGCCUGCACGUACAAUGAGCCAGAAUCCUUGAUCUACAAAGAUGCCCUGGUCCUACAUAAAGUUUUGCUUGAGACUAGAAGAGACAUAGAAGGAGAUGAGGAUUCUCACGUUCCAAAUGUAACACUGCUGAUCCAAGAACUCAUACAUAAUCUUUUUGUCUCUGUAAUGAGUCAUCAGGAUGAUGAAGGCAGGUGCUAUAGUGACUCCUUAGCUGAAAUUCCUGCUGUUGAUCCCAAUUUCCCAAAUAAGCCACCCCUGACUUUUGAUAUCAUUCGAAAGAAUGUAGAAAAUAACCGCUAUACGAGACUGGACUUGUUCCAAGAGCACAUGUUUGAAGUGCUGGAACGAGCAAGGAGGAUGAACCGGACUGAUUCAGAGAUUUAUGAGGAUGCAGUUGAACUUCAACAGUUCUUUAUCAAAAUCCGCGAUGAACUCUGUAAGAAUGGUGAGAUCCUGUUAUCACCAGCCCUUAGCUAUACCACCAAACAUCUUCAUAAUGAUGUAGAAAAAGAAAAGAAGGAAAAGCUCCCAAGGGAAAUGGAGGAGGACAAACUUAAAAGAGAAGAGGAAAAGAGAGAAGCUGAAAAGAGCGAAGACUCUUCUGGAGGAUCAGGAUUGUCUAGUUUACACAGGACAUAUAGCCAAGACUGCAGCUUUAAGAACAGCAUGUAUCAUGUUGGGGAUUAUGUGUAUGUUGAACCUGCAGAAGCCAAUUUGCAACCUCAUAUAGUCUGUAUUGAACGACUGUGGGAAGAUUCAGCUGGGGAAAAAUGGUUGUAUGGCUGCUGGUUUUAUCGACCAAAUGAAACAUUCCAUCUUGCUACUCGAAAGUUUUUGGAGAAGGAAGUAUUUAAGAGUGACUACUAUAACAAAGUUCCUGUGAGCAAAAUUCUAGGCAAAUGUGUGGUCAUGUUCGUUAAGGAGUAUUUUAAGCUGUGUCCAGAAAACUUUAGAGAUGAAGAUGUCUAUGUUUGUGAAUCGCGUUAUUCGGCGAAGACAAAGUCUUUUAAGAAGAUUAAAUUGUGGACUAUGCCAAUUAGCUCUGUACGAUUUGUUCCUCGAGAUGUACCUUUGCCUGUGGUUCGUGUUGCAUCAGUGUUUGCUAAUACAGACAAAGUUAAUGAAGAAAAACACAUUGAAACACCUGAGGAAAACAAAGUGGGAGAUAAUGCCCUUAGCCUUGAAAAGGAUAAAGAAGAUGUUCCAGUAGAAAUGUCAAAUGGAGAACCUGGUUGUCACUACUAUGAACAGCUUUGUUACAAUGAUAUGUGGCUGAAGGUUGGAGAUUGCGUCUUUAUAAAAUCACAUGGUUUAGUCCGACCACGAGUUGGCAGAAUAGAAAAAAUGUGGGUAAGAGAUGGAGCUGCCUACUUUUUUGGCCCAAUCUUUAUACAUCCAGAGGAAACGGAACAUGAGCCAACUAAGAUGUUCUACAAGAAGGAAGUAUUUUUGAGUAACCUGGAAGAGACCUGCCCCAUGACAUGCAUUCUUGGAAAAUGUGCUGUGUUGUCUUUCAAAGACUUCCUGUCCUGUAGGCCAACUGAAAUUCCUGAAAAUGAUGUUCUCCUCUGUGAAAGCCGCUAUAAUGAAAGUGACAAACAGAUGAAGAAAUUUAAGGGAUUGAAAAGAUUUUCUCUUUCUGCAAAAGUAGUAGAUGAUGAAAUUUACUACUUCAGGAAACCCAUAGUUCCUCAGAAGGAGCCAUCUCCACUGCUUGAAAAGAAGAUUCAGCAGCUAGAAGCAAAAUUUGCUGAGCUGGAAGGAGGUGAUGAAGACAUUGAAGAGAUUGGGGAAGAGGAAGGUGAAGUUACAGAAGCACCAGCAAUACCUCAGCUUCAGACUCCGCUGUCUAAUGAAUUGGAUAUAAUGCCAUAUACUCCACCACAAUCUACUCCCAAGUCUGCCAAGGGCAGUGUGAAAAAGGAAGGCUCAAAAAGGAAGAUCAACAUGAGUGGUUACAUUCUUUUUAGUAGUGAGAUGAGAGCUGUUAUUAAAGCUCAGCACCCAGACUAUUCCUUUGGAGAGCUCAGUAGACUCGUUGGAACAGAAUGGAGAAACUUGGAGGCAUCCAAGAAAGCGGAGUAUGAAGAGCGGGCAGCUAAAGUUGCUGAGCAGCAGGAGAGAGAACGAGCAGCACAGCAACAGCAGCAGAAUUCCUCUCCCCGGGCAGGCACUCCUGUGGGGGCUCUUAUGGGGGUGGUGCCGCCACCAACACCAAUGGGGAUGCUCAAUCCGCAGUUGACACCUGUUGCAGGCAUGAUAGGUGGUUAUCCACCAGUGCUGCCACCUUUACAGGGCCCAGUUGAUGGCAUGGUUAGCAUGGGCAGCAUGCAGCCACUUCACCCUGGGGUGCCUCCACCCCACCAACUUCCACCAGGCAUGCCAGGCAUCCCACCACCGGGUGUUAUAGGCCAGAGUGUUUCCUCCAUGGUAGGACCCCCAGCUCCAGGAAGUCCAUUUGGACAGCAGAUGGGUAUCCUUGGUCCACCAGGCCAGCAGGCACCGCCUCCCUAUCCUGGUCAAAAUCCAGCAACCCAGCAGGUCAUGCAGCAACCUACAACUCCUAUGUUCGUCUCGCCUCCACCAAAGACACAGAGGCUUCUUCACUCUGAGGCUUAUCUGAAAUACAUCGAGGGUCUUAGUGCUGAUUCAAGUAGUAUUAGCAAGUGGGACCAGACCCUUUCAGCACGAAGACGUGAUGUCCAUCUCUCAAAAGAACAAGAAAGCCGUCUUCCUACACACUGGUUGAAGAGCAAAGGGGCCCAUACAACAAUGGCAGAUGCAUUAUGGCGCCUUCGAGACUUGAUGUUGAGAGAUACUCUUAAUAUCCGUCAAGCAUACAACAUAGAAAAUGUUUAAUAUUCUUUCGAUACCGACAUAUAAAAAGUUCGUGGAACAAUAGCUGUUUUAGUUAUUGGUGGGAGAGGGCAAACUGUUUUUUAUUGCAUCUUACUGUACAUUGCAAGAUUGUUUUUUAUAUAAGGACACUUUUAAUAAGCAUAUUUCACUUUUUGUUAUGUUGACUUUUCUUAAAUAUACAGACUUGUGCAUAUGGUUCUUUGAAAGAUGAUCUCAUAUUUGGUUAUAAAUGCAAAACAAGAUUCCAUCCUUUUUCUUCACAUUGAGAUUCCGAUGCCAUCAGUUUUUUGUUUUUUUAAGCAGCAAAAUAGUGUUUACAAUUUAGCUAAGAGAAAUAUGAAACUACUUCUGAUUUACAUCUUAGCGGAAUGAGCAUCCAUGUGCUUGUGUGGUAGUGACCAAUACAUCACGUGAAUGAAAAGGCUUUCUUUAAAUAAAGUGAUCGUGAGUGGGGAGGGGAUGGAAUUGACUUAGUAAAUUUAAGACUUCAAAUACUUGAUUGUUAAAAGGAUCCCUUGAGAUAAAAGGAAAAAUAGGCAGUCCCUUCAAUUAGACAAAUGCCUGUUGGUACAUGCAAGUUCCAAGGAUGGUUUGUGUUGAUGAGUUCACUCCCUAUGUGAAAAACUUUGCAAACAUGGAAACUUGGAUGUGAUGUUAGUCAGCAUUGGCCUAGUGAGAGAAUAUAUCAGCUACUGUGUUUCUCCAGAAUGAAAUUUGUGCUCAUCACCAUGGCAGCUUUCUUUAGGGAGAUAGUUGGGGAAGCAUAAGUGUAAAAAGGUGCACGUAUUUCUUUGCUUUCUAAUGUGCUUUUAAAUUCCCAGAAUAUUUUAACAGAACAUUUUAAAAAACAAUUUGGGGCUUUUAAAGUAUAGGGCUUUUAUUGCCAGGACCUGCAUAUAGGAUUCUUUGACAGUUGAAUCAACAGAAUUAGAUGUUUUUCUGUUCAGUUUCAAGCUAAUACUUCAAGUCUAAUGCAGAUUUUAGCUCUGAUAUUAGAAGGUAAGUAACGAGACAUGUAGAACAGACAUUUAUGUAAACAUAUCUAGCUUCUUUAAAUAUGUGUUCUGUUAAUGAUUUGUCAUUUUGACUUUUUUGUGGGGUUUUUUUUAAUAAGAAUUAUUUUAUUUUAUUUACUCUGAUGAAAGCACUGUUGUCCAGGUGUUCCGAAUUUUAACAUGCAAUGCUUAUAAUGUCAACAAAGCAUAAGAUUCAUAGAGAGGAGACUUAUGACCUGAUCCUGCAUAUAUUUAUUUAGAAGUAACAUACAUCUUAAUAAAAAGUACUUCCAAAUAAACUGCUUGGGAUCACAGGCAUUGCUGUUACAACAAUUGCCUUCUCAAAUAACAAUGGUUGCAAUCCAGAGAGCUCCUCUAGGCAUGUAAGAGAUCUGGGGUGAGGCCAGUUGGACUUUUGACCAUUUUUGUUCAUUUAAUUUGAAAUUAACAAAAUUUCAAAAAUAAAUGAACAUCCCAGCCUGUGGAAGUUAGCUGUUCAGUUCUCUGGUUUGAUGCCUAGCUAUAUAGUUAUCUAUACAUAAAAUGUAUAUAGUAGGAUUUCCUAGUUUCACAGCUUCCCUCUAUUCAGGCAAUGUCUCCUGGUUUACAGCAAUACUUUUUGAGUUUGUAAUUUUUUUUUCAUUUUAGAAAACAGCUUUGAGUUGUGACAGGAGUUAGAAAGGCUUAUGAAUACAAUACAGUCUAAAAGUAAACAUGGAUUCAGAGGAACAGUUUAAAAACGUUUGCACCAACCAACAAGAUAAACCUUACAUAAAUGUGAUUCAAAAAACCUUGUGGUGUUAGAAGCCUUGCUUAAUUAUAAUUUGAUUUGUGGCCUUGUUGGCUUCAGUGAGUGAGUGGUUCUCUAGGAAAGCAAACUUUUGUUGGACCAGCUUUUAGUUUACCCUGUGAAAGUUAUGUCCCUUUACCUAUUCUCAAUAGAAAUUAAGAAAAUGUAACCUAUGUAAAAUUAGUUGACAUUUCUGGAUCUGUUUCAGUGGUACAAUGUAUAAUGAUCAUGGCAGCAAGUAGCUUGUGUAAAAUAUAAGCCAAAUGGUACAGCUCUUCACAUGAGGUACAAACGUAAAAUUCAACUUAACAUCCCCAAAAGGAAUUGUUUUAUAUGCUUAAAACUCUACAAGCUGUGGUAUAUACAUCCUUAGUUUAUAUCCUUUUGCAGUAUUUUAAAACCUCAUUGAGAUACAGAAGUGCUGCUUCCCACCCCCACCCACCCCGGUGUGUGUAUGCACCCAGGAGUUUCCCUGAAUAGAAUUUGCAGCCAUUCCCAACACUAAACCAGCUCAGAGCUGAGAACUGCUGAAGUGAGUACAUGUGUGCUCUUCUGGAUCGUGGCCACUAAGUUUCAAAUCACCUCAGGCAUUGCAGUUUUCAACAACAAAGUCAGAAGAAGCAGGCAUAAGUCCUAGUUCUAAGAACUACCAUGAACUUUUACUAAUACAAUCACUUGUUUUAGGCGUUGCAAAAAUGACACCAAAGAACCUGGAAUUUAUUUAUUUAUAUUUAUUUUUGAUAUUUCUUUGAAGAACAGGAUGAGACACCUUUUUUUAAAGCUAUAUAACUCAGAAGGAAUAGUGUUGAAUAAUCUGCAGCAUUGUCUUUCCCAGAUUUUUAAACUUGAAGGCAGCUUUAUCACUCCUCACCACUCCAGGAGUAAACAAUCAGAACUGUAAAAGGAGGCCUUAGCCCUUUUUUUGGCAGUGCAGAGCACUCCUCCUGUACCCUUAGGCUGGCCCUAAUUAUUUUAAAAUUUAAUUUAUUCCAAAAUCAUGUCUCUGUGUACUGGGGGCAUUUCAAUAACAUGUAGGAUUUAAGAUUUGAUGGCUACAAUCCAGUAUUGCACAACCAGCUAACUGAACUAUUUUCUAACAAUACAUUGUUGAAAAGAACAAACCAUGUCUUCUUUGUGGCCAUUUGAACCCAUUGUUGUUUUUCACAGCCACGCACUGUAUUGGAAUAAAAUAACUUUGAAUAUUCAAAUAAAAGUAUGGGAAAUAGUUGGCUUGCAUAAGUGGAAAAAAAUAAAUCUAUUUCAGUUUGCAAUUGGAAGUGAUUACCUUUUCAUCUCCUAUUCUUUAUUGCCCACUCUUUCCUGAAAGAGCAAAUGUGUUCAUGUAAUAAUUCAAGUUGAUGUUUAUAACUUUUCAGUGCAUAUGCUUUUUGACCUGGUUAAUCCAUGCCUCAUUUUUACUCCUGGCUGUAUACUCCAAUGAGUAGAAUUAUGAGUCAAUGUGCAUGUACUUCUCAGUUUGUCUUUCUGAGGCUUUUUAAUCUAAAUAAAAAUAGUUUGCUAUUUGGA